AUGAAUGGCUACUCUUACAAUGGCGCCUACACAGGCAACGCGAUGGACCACACCGGGAAUCAACAGGAUGACGAUAUGAUGAUGAUGAUGGCUUCGGGAAACUUGGGCGUGCCCACGGCUAUGGGCGGGCAGUCGUUGGACGAUAUCGUGAGCCAGAAUGCCAAAAUGAUACGCAGACAGAGCAUGCCGCAGGGAUACGGGACAAGUCCAAACCAUAUGGAUGCAGAUAUGCGGCGCGUGUCGAUGAUGGACCACGGCAAUGGCUCGCCAGCGGUGGGAUUCCAGUACGACCCCAACGCGAACAUGGACCAUACUGCAUUCGCAUCCGGAGCAGUGACACCUCGCCAGGCUGGCAGUCAGCAGAGACAUUCCCAGGACGGCCAUCGUCCCUCGACGGCUGAUCUAUCUCUGAGCACUUCCUUCCCCAGAGGUGGCUCCCAAUCGUACAUGUCCUCCGUGGCUCCCACCUCUGCCUAUGCUACAUCACCUGCCCAUCCUGCAGCAAACUUGGACAUGGCAGCUAUGGAGAGCUCGUACGUUGAUAGCCACAUGUCCAUGAACAUGGACAUGGGUGUCGAUCAGAACCUCAACGCUUCCAUGGAUCCUGAUCCGAUGCAGAUGCAUCUAUACAACCAAGCGCAGUUCAAUCAGUCCGCAAUGAGUUCGCCCAUGCAUCAAGCAGUCCAACCGCAAGGUACGCCGCGCUCGGGAAGGAUGUCGUCACAUGACGCCGGUGGGAACGGCAUGCAGCACCAGUAUGGAUCUCAGAACAGUACUCCAAAUGCUGCUCUGAGUCGACAGCUAUCACGACCUCGAAGCUUGCAUGUGCCCGAUGCCAGCCCAGCACACACCGCGUCGCCGUUGAGCGCGCCGCCUAGUGGAGGUCCUCGGCAGCAACGAUCGCAGGGCUUCACUCCACAUCUCAAUCGUUCUGGCUCUUCGGUCGGAUUCCAGAGGCAGCCUCAGAAUCCGGUGCCAGGUUCGAGCCAAGAUCGUCCCAUUAACGCCCCGACGAGCGACCAAGGCUACCAGCCUGUCGGCGGUCCCCUGCCAACCAAGCCUUCCGAGUUCAAUCCCAACAACCAAGGGUUUCCGUGGGAGCAUCCCGAAGGAGGCUGGCCUUCUACAAUGGUCAACAAGCCGCAUAUGAAUUCAGUGUACAAGAACGCGUACUCUUCCACAGGGUUUGACAUGCUCGGCGUUUUGGUGAGUUUGCGUGGGUUGACAUCAUUGUACAACCCGAAUUGACCGUUGACAGAUGCGGGUCGCGACUCGCCCAAACCCUGAGAUAAACAUCGGCUCUGUUGACUUGUCGUGCGCGUUUGUCGUAUGCGAUGCAGAAAAGGAUGACUUUCCGAUUGUGUACUGCUCUGAUAACUUUGAGCGUCUGACCGGAUACACAAAACACAUGAUCUUGGGGCGCAAUUGUCGUUUCUUGCAAUCGCCCGACGGGAAUGUGGCUCCAGGAAUAAAGCGGAAGUAUGUGGACGACGACUCCGUCUUAUACCUGAAGAACAUGAUCAACCUGCGCCGGGAAGCGCAGAUAUCGCUUAUUAACUACCGACGCGGUGGCCAGCCAUUCAUGAACCUGCUCACCAUGAUCCCCAUUUCUUGGGACACGGAUCAGGUUAAGUUCUUCGUCGGAUUUCAGGUCGAUUUGGUGGAGCAACCGAAUGCGGUCACCAACAAAAACCCCGGUAUGUAUCAUCGUCCGAUGGGCUCGCCGAUUCACGCCGAUGCACACCGAUCGGCUGAGCAGGCCUGAUCACUUCCUGCUUGGAUACGGAGCUGACCCCUUGCACAGAUGGUUCGUUUUCGAUCAACUAUCAGCGCGGCAUGACCAUGCCGCGCUAUGUCAUGAACGCUCCCGAUACCUCACAAAAGAGUGAUCUUGGCCAGACGGUGCCGCGCGACGACGUUUCAGCCAUUCUCAGCACGAUAGGGAGCGGCGAGUCGGAAUACGCAAAGCGCAUGUGGGAUAAAGUCCUCCUGGAGAACACUGACGAUGUCGUGCAUGUCUUGUCGCUCAAAGGGCUGUUCCAGUGGGUAUCGCCGUCGGCUCUGCGGAUCCUGGAGUAUGAGCCAAGUGAGAUUGUCGGAACCGCCCUCAGUUCCGUAUGUCAUCCAAGUGACAUUGUGCCGGUCACAAGAGAACUCAAGGAUACAUCUACUGGGGCUGCAGUCAACGUCGUCUUCCGCAUACGGCGAAAGAACAGUGGGUACAUGUGGUUUGAAGGGCAUGGCUCGCUCCACACGGAGCAAGGCAAAGGACGAAAAUCGAUCAUCAUGGUUGGUCGCGAGCGACCGGUGUAUACGCUCAGCAAGAACGACAUCACCAAAGCGGGCGGCAUCGGCGAGAACGAGCUCUGGACGAAGUUGUCGACCUCGGGAAUGUUCCUCUUCGUCUCGUCGAAUGUUCGACAACUGCUUGACCGGCAGCCAGACGAGCUUAUUGGCGUGAGCAUUCAGUCUCUGAUGCGCACCGACUCGAAGCAGGAGUUCGCUCGCAUUUUGGAGCUGGCUCGCACGGGAAAGAAGGCUUCGGUCAAGCACGAAAUGAUCAAUAGGAGAGGACAGGUGCUGUCUGCCUUUACCACGCUCUACCCCGGUGAUGCCGUCGAAGGACAGAAACCGACAUUCAUCGUUGCGCAGACGCGACUCAUCAAAUUCUCGAGAGGAAACCACGCGAAUCGGCCUCCGAUAUAUUCCAAAGGAGAUCGCAAUUCCUCGGAAUCUAAUCAGUCUGGUGUAGCUGGAAAUAAUCAAGCCAUUGUGCACGAGGACAAUGCGGGUGCCACACCGAAUUCUGGCGGCAACAGUGCCCGCUACAUGGGGACGGAUGGGUCGGCGGCGACGUACGCCGGUCAACAAGGACUACCGAUUGGGCGUCAAGACCAUUCGCUGGCAUCGGACGACAAUCUCUUCGACGAACUCAAGACGACCAAGUCGAGCUCCUGGCAGUACGAGAUUCGACAACUGGAGAAACGCAACCGGUUACUGGCGGAGGAGGUGCAAUCUCUGAUCGCGGCGAAGAAGAAGCGCAAGCGAAGGAAGGGGGCUGGGAAUCAGCAGAAAGACUGCGCGAACUGCCACACGCGCGUGACGCCCGAAUGGCGACGGGGACCCAGCGGGCAAAGGGAUCUUUGCAACAGCUGUGGUCUUCGCUGGGCCAAAUUGGUGAGCCGUCGCGCAUUGCUUCUGCGUCUCUUGUUGUCUUGCCUGAUUACUGACAUGAAUUUUGCUACAGAACGGGCGCGUCUCGCCGCGAACAUCGUCUCAACACUCGGGCGGUGCCGCGUCGGACCGGGCUUCCAAGGCCAGCGCGAGCCCGAGAAACUCGAUUCCUCCCAGUGCGGUCAAGACGGAAUCUCCGAACGACCCGAGUGGAAGCGGGAAUAUGGGCGAUUCGAGCCGGUCUACGCCGGUACAGAAAGCGAUGCAGCCGAUGGAGGGACAUUCGGCGACGAUGGAGGGGGCUUCGGGAGUUCCCGACAAGAUUGACGAGGGCAUCGAGCCGGAUUGA